UGACAGUAAUUUAUAAUACUGCAUCGGCCAUGGCAGGAGAGCUGAACUACAUACAGCUCUGAGUCCUGCCUCUCCAAACCCCAAUCCACACUCCACCCUCAUUAUCUUCCCACCUUCCCCCAAUUUGAUGGCACCAUCUUCAAUUCUUCUCUAACCUCCCUGUCCUUGGCGAGUAACCCUAGAACGCCAUUAAAACUCUCCUCCAUUUUUCUCUCUUUCUCUUUCUAUUGCUCUCCUUCAAUCUUUCCAAUUCCCCAGAAUGGCACCCUGUGCAUGCAUGCGUGCAUGGGUUCAACUGAUAUUGAGGGGCUUUGUUCAACUGAUAUCAUCUCUCUCUGCUGUUCUUUGCUUCUUCUUUUUCCUAAGGUUGUAGAGAUGGAUAGGAAUCGGAGGGGGAGGAUGGCUGUAGUCGUUCUUGUGGUGGCGGUGGUGCUCUGCUCCUGGCUGCCUUUGGCUGUCGGCCAUGGCGGCUUCGACUUGGAAGCUCUGUUGCAGAUCAGGGACUCGUUCACAGACGACCCCGACGGGUUGCUUGAGGAAUGGAGAGGGGGAAACCCGGACUACUGCUCCUGGCGCGGCAUCACCUGCGACGAACUCGACAGGGUGGUGGUGGCGAUCAACCUAUCCUCCUCUUCUAUCGCCGGCUCCGUCUCGUCUGGGUUCACCCGGCUGAGUCGACUCGAGGCCCUUGACCUCUCCGACAACCGUCUCACCGGCAGCAUCCCGAGUCAACUCGGGAGGAUCUCCACGCUAUCCGCGCUGCUUCUCCAUUCCAACGACCUCUCUGGGACGAUCCCGCCGGAACUCGGCGACCUCUACGGCCUCCAGGUCCUGCGGAUAGGAAACAACCCGAGCCUCUCGGGACCGAUUCCGGACUCGCUGGGGAAACUCGGGAACUUGACCACUCUCGCCAUGGCACUCUGCAACCUCUCCGGACCCAUUCCGAGCCGACUAGGCCAGCUUAGUCGACUCCAGAACCUGGUACUCCAGCACAACCGAUUCGACGGCCCGAUUCCGCCGGAGCUCGGCGAAUUGUCCAGCCUCCAGAUACUGAACCUGGCGAAUAACUCGCUCCGGGGAGAGAUUCCGAGUGAACUAGGAGAACUGAGUCAACUCACCUACCUCAACUUGAUGUCCAAUCGGCUCCACGGCUGCAUUCCGAGGUCCCUCGCUAAGCUCACCGGGCUUCUCAGUCUGGACUUGUCGAUCAACGAGCUCGAAGGCGAUUUCACAGCCGAACUCAGCCAGCUGAGUCAACUCGGCUACCUUGUCUUGUCUGACAACGGCCUCUCCGGCCUUCUGCCGGAGACCCUGUGCCAGAAUGCCACUAGCUUGCAGCACUUGUUCUUGUCCAACAACAACUUCUCUGGUCCAAUUCCGACCGGCUUAGCUCAAUGCCGAUCAUUGACGCAGUUAAACAUGGCCAACAACAGCUUCUCCGGCGCAAUCCCCGUUGAGCUUGGCGAGCUUACCGGUCUCACCGAUCUAUAUCUAAACAACAACACCAUCUCAGGUUCAAUUCCCCGUGAUCUUGGCAACCUCAGCAAGCUCCAAACUCUAACUUUGUACCACAACGAGUUGCACGGCUCGCUGCCGGAGGAGAUCGGCCAGUUGCAGCAGCUCCAGAUCCUUUAUUUGUACGAGAACCAGCUUUCCGGCGAUAUCCCGGUGGCUAUCGGUAAUUGUUCAAGCUUGCAAAUGAUUGAUUUUUUCGGGAACCAUUUCUCCGGCAGCAUCCCGGCGGCCAUUGGCCGCCUUAAGAAGCUCAAUUUCCUCCACUUAAGGCAAAACGACCUCUCUGGCGUGAUUCCCUCGUCGCUGGGCAACUGUCGGCAGCUUCAAAUUCUCGACCUGGCUGACAACCGGCUGUCCGGUGGGAUUCCGGCGACCUUCGGCAACUUGCGAUCACUUGAACAGCUCAUGCUCUACAACAAUUCAAUGGAGGGAAGCGUUCCAGACGAGAUGUUCUAUUGCCGGAACAUCACCAGAGUGAACCUCUCCAACAACAAGCUCACUGGAAGCAUGCUGCCGCUUUGCGGGUCGAGCUCUCUGCUCUCCUUUGACCUCACCAACAACUUCUUCGACCUCGAGAUCCCGGCACAGCUGGGGAACUCACCGGAGCUCGAGCGGAUUCGCCUCGGGAGCAACCGUAUCACUGGCGAGAUCCCGCCGUUGCUCGGGGAAAUCAGCGCGCUUUCUCUGCUUGAUUUAUCGAGCAACUUGCUGACCGGAGAGAUCCCCAAAGAACUCGCCGCGUGCAAGAAUCUGACGCACAUUGUUCUGAAUAAUAAUCGGCUCACGGGAGAAAUCCCGGCAUGGCUCGGUGGCCUCCAGCAGUUGGGGGAGCUCAAACUCUCUUCAAACAGGUUCGCCGGAAGUGUUCCAAUUGAGCUCUACAAUUGCUCAAAUCUACUAAAGCUUUCCCUCGACGAUAAUUCACUCACCGGGUCGCUCCUGCCGGAGAUUGGCAAGCUCGCGUCGCUCAAUGUGCUUAACUUGGCCCGCAACCAGUUCUCCGGCGCGAUCCCUGCUUCCAUUGGGAAGCUGAGCAAGCUCUACGAGCUCCGGUUAUCGGAGAACUUUUUCUCCGGUCCGGUUCUCGUCGAGUUAGAGCAGCUCCAAGAGCUGCAGAGCGCGCUCGACCUCAGCCUCAACAAGCUCACCGGAGGAAUUCCCUCGUCCAUCGCGUCGCUCGCCAAGCUGGAAGACCUCAACUUCUCCCAUAAUUCACUCACCGGAAGUGUCCCGCCGGAGAUUGCCGAGAUGAGCAGCUUGGUCACGCUUGAUCUCUCCCACAACGAUCUGCAGGGACAACUGGACCAACGACUCGCGCGCUGGCCACCGCAGUCGUUCAUUCCCAACCUUGCCCUCUGCGGAGGGCCGCUCCCGCCGUGCGGCCUGGCCGGAAACCACCGCUCGAUGGCCAACUCGGCGGCCGUGGCCUUCAUCUCCGCCUCCGCAACGCUCGUCAUCCUUCUCCUCCUCAUCGCCGCGGUGCUACGGGGAAGGCAGUGCUGGAAGCAGUCUGGCGAGGUGAACUGCACGUACUUCUACAAGAGCUCCUCGAUGACGCGGCCAGAGCCGUCGAUGAAGGGCUGGAUGAGGCGGGAGUUCAAGUGGGAAGCGAUCAUGGAGGCGACGAGCAACCUGAGUGACGAGUUUAUCAUCGGCUCUGGCGGAUCCGGCACCGUGUACAGAGCCGAGCUGGCUACCGGCGAGACGGUGGCCGUAAAACGUACUCUGCUCGGAAACAGAGACUCCUUCCCCCGAGAUAAGAGCUUCCUCCGCGAGGUCAAGGUUCUGGGCCGCGUCCGCCACCGCCACCUCGUCAAGCUCCUCGGGUUCCUGAGCAGCGGCGACUCCGGAGAGCACCUCUUGGUCUAUCAGUUCAUGGAGAACGGGAGCCUGUGGGAUUGGCUCCACAAGCCCGGCGUGAACCAGAAGAGGAAGCGCGAGCUGAGCUGGGAGACGCGAUUGCGGAUCGCCGUCGGCCUCGCCAACGGCCUCGAGUACCUCCACCACGACUGCGUCCCCUGCGUCCUUCACAGGGACAUCAAGUCCAGCAACUUGUUGCUCGACCGCGACAUGGAGGCGCACCUCGGAGAUUUCGGCCUGGCCAAGGCCGCUGCAGGCGAGAGUUCCGUCGGAUACACAGACUCCGCCUCUUGCUUCGCCGGAUCCUACGGCUACAUCGCUCCCGAGUACGCGUACACGACGAAGGCCACCGAGAAGAGCGACGUCUACAGCAUGGGAAUCGUCCUCAUGGAGCUCGUAUGCGGACUGAUGCCGACCGACAGGAGCUUCGCCGGAGACGUGGACAUGGUUAGAUGGGCGGAGUCGCGGAUGGCGGCGGCCGAGUGGGAGGAGCUGGUGGAUCCAGCUCUGAGGCCGAUGGCGCCGGCGGAGGAGGCGAGCGCGCUCGAGGUCCUCAACGUGGCGCUGCAGUGCACAAGGACUGCGCCGGCGGAGAGGCCGAGCUCGCGGCGAGUCUCCGAUCUGCUGCAUCAGAUUGCGCUAAAGAACGAAAGCAGGGAGCAUAAAAUUGCAGCGUAGUUAAACAUUGUUUACUUUAAUUCACAUUAAAUUGUAAAUUAUUUUUUUUUUGUUUUGGCCACUUAAAUUGUUAAAUUUUUUGAUGAA